CUUAAAAUGAAAGUGCUAGCGGUCCUGCUCCUUGGGGUUAUCGCCUCCGUCUCGGCUUUCGAGAAGCCAGUCUUCUGGAAGGAUGUGCCUGUUGGCAAGGCAUCCAUCGAAGGACGUAUCACCAUGGGAUACCCUGCCUACGAGGGCAAGGUGCCCUACAUCGUAGGACUUGGCUUCAGCAAGAACGGCGGUGGCACUUGGUGCGGUGGUUCCAUCAUCGGUAACACCUGGGUGAUGACCGCUAAGCACUGUACCGAUGGCAUGGAGUCUGUGACCAUCUACUACGGAGCUCUGUGGCGCCUGCAGGCCCAGUACACCCACUGGGUUGGACGCGGCGACUUCAUUGAGCACGGAUCUGGAGAUAUCUCUCUGAUUCGCACUCCCCAUGUGGACUUCUGGUCGCUGGUCAACAAGGUUGAGCUGCCCAGCUACAACGAUCGCUACAACAACUACCAGGGAUGGUGGGCUUUGGUUUCCGGAUGGGGCAAGACCUCCGACGAGGGUGGCGUCUCUGAGUACUUGAACUGCGUUGAUGUCCAGAUCGGUGAGAACUCAGUGUGCGAGAACUACUAUGGCAGCUUCUCUGGUGACCUGAUCUGCAUCCCAACUCCCGAGAACAAGGGAACCUGCAGCGGUGACUCUGGUGGCCCUCUGGUCCUCCACGACGGCAACCGCCAAGUGGGUAUUGUGUCCUUCGGCUCUUCCGCUGGUUGCCUCUCGAACGGUCCCAAGGGAAUGGUUCGCGUCACCAGCUACCUGGACUGGAUCCGCGACAACACUGGCAUUUCCUACUAAAAGGAUUCUUAAAUAAACUUUUGUUAUUGAAAAUUAAAA